CUUCCGCACUCCGCUGCAGCCUUUAGCCCGUUAGCCUCUUGGAUAUCACUUCACGCAAUUUGAAGAAAAGCGCGUAUUUUUUAAUCCAGGAAAGGAAAAGUGUGAAGCUAACGAGGUUCAUUUAAAACCCCGAGUACACACAGGCGUACUUUAUUUUAUUUACUUAACAGAAUAGCAGCUUUAUGCUUCCUUAAGUCAACCAGGAAGAGACGUUAGCGCGACGAAGCGCACUACACAACGGGCUACAUGUUAAACAUCUGUUAAACUGACAAAGAAGUACUCAUUAAUGAUAGAAGAAGUCAUGAAGGUGGUCAGCGGUCCCGGUGGAGGGUCCUUCCUGGUGUGGACCCUGCUGGUUCAGCUGGUCCUGUGUGGGAGUGGGGUCUACACCACUGACCACACCAAAAGCUGUAUACUGUUAAACGAGUCGGACUCAGAACGCAAAGUCCUCAAUCGACUCGAGCCACUCGCCCAUAAGAACUUUACAGCAGAGACCAAGAUUGGAACUGAGAGUUACACAUAUGUGUUCCAGCUGUGUGGAGAUGCAGGAGGUGUUCCUGGAGCUGGGGUUAUCCAGUACGAUAGCAAGAAAACAGAAACCAAACCAACAGUGAUUGGCAGGUACAAUGCCACGCAGGCCUUUGGAGGAAGUGAUUGGGUGAUGUUGAUCUACACAAGUGGCGACACAUAUGAUGCCCACUGUUCCAAGGAAGCGAGGAAAGCCAUGAUCAUGAUCUCUUGCAACAAGACAGCGGAUUUGGGCCAGAUGAAGGUGGAGCUGGAGGACAGGCAGAGGGUGCAGGACUGUUUCUACCUGUUAGAGCUGGACUCCAGUUCUAUGUGUGAAGUCCCUGAGUCCCACAUCAGCACUGGCUCCAUAAUACUCAUCAUUGCUUUCUGUUUUCUGGCUGUUUAUUUCAUCGGCGGUUUCCUCUACCAACGACUGAUUGUUGGAGCCAAGGGGAUGGAGCAAUUCCCAAAUUAUGCUUUUUGGGUGGAAGUUGGCAAUAUGUCAGCGGAUGGAUGUGACUUUGUGUGUCGGUCACAGAAUCGUGAGGAUGCCCGGGCUUACAGGGGAGUGGCCACAGAACCGUUAGAAGAGGAGCCAGAGGAGAGAGAUGACCACUUACUACCUAUGUGACCUCCAUACGUCAGAAAUGAGACAGAAAUGUUCACUGUGUGACAGUUUACUCUUUCACAAGCGGCAGGUUGCUUUUAGACACAAGUCUUGUUUUUCCUGUGCUGGUUCAGUGUAUUCCAGACUUGUGCCUAGAGCGACUCCCGUGUGACCUGUUUGUCUCUUAUGCGCAUGCUCCUCACAGGGCUGACAGGCCAGUCUCCUCUUCCCACCCCAUGCAUUUCAUUCAGCUGUUUGAUGUCAAACAGAUGAGUGAUUUAUCUGAUAUUAAAGAGUGACUUUUCUUUCAUGGAAAUCUGGCACAAAAGGGAGAAGUUAGGAUUUUGGAUUUCAACCUGAUUUCAACUUAGUCAUAUUGCUCACCUUUUUUUCUGCUAGCUUGUUGUUGAUGGUUGUUUGAAUUUGUUGCUGAAAUCAGUUUUUUCUAGGUUCUGGUUGUGCACUGACAGUUGCAGGUUACAAAACACACAAGUGCUUUUGCUUGUGUAAUUUGGCUUUAAUCCGUUUGUUUUUUGUGUUUUUGAAAGUGAAAGAAGUAAUGUGAGAUUGUAAAUGUAUAAUUAUUAGUUAUGUGACUACUUGCAGCCUUGCUACACAAAUAGCUAUUGGAUUUUUGAAUUGGCAUUUUCCUUUCUCACACUUCAUGGGGAAGAAAAAUUAAAUCUGAUCUCAACCAUUAUAUAUUACAUGUUUAUCUUAAAGGUCAAAAAUGCUGAUAAAUGAAUGUGCUGAACUUACAAAUUUGGUGUCUGAAGCGAAGUAUUCAACUCAAAUUCACAGUAUUAUGCUAUUCAUUAUAUAUAUGGUAUGUACUUCCAUAUAAUACAUUGAAAUUCACAGCAAAAGACUAAUAUCCAUGAUCACAAAACUAUUUAAUAAUGAAUAUUAUUGUGGGUAAACUCUGGUCUGGAUGCCUACAUUAUACAACGUACCCAAUCACUAGAUGCUCACACACACACAAACACACACACACACACACACACACUCUCUCUCUCUCUGUUAUCGGAGAACAGUCGACUAUCUUCUGUCCAAAUAUUGAGACCACUUCAUGCUUGAUGCUUUGCAUUAGGAGGAUAGAGCUGCAAGGAAAUAACUUAAGUUUCUAUACACCUAUGUUAAUAUAGUUUAACUAAAAAUGUUACAGCUCAAACAAUAUAAAUUAUGAUAGAAGUUAUAUUUUUUGAAAUUUCAAUUGAUUUAUUCUAAAUAUUACAGCCGGAUUUUUUUACUUUGAUGGUAAAAAGAUCCUCUGAACAUUUAGUUGCAGAUCAAGUUACAUUAUUGGUGUGAGCACUUGCGUUUGUUUUGGUUUGUUUUCAUCUUUGCCUUUUGUGUUUAUUAAGAAUCAGCCUCUAGAUUAAAUAUAGUGAUAACGUGUUUGUUUCAAAAAGGAUUUCAAGCCACAAAUGUUUUUGAUUCUUUUCUGAUUCCAUAAACAAAUAAAAUAUGAAGUGUUA